GACUGGGGUUUAUUAGUGUUUAUUGAACAGAUUGAGUAUAAUCUUAUUAGAACUGAGCUUUACUGUCGCUGUUGCUAAGCUAAUAUGAGCAUAUCAAUGUCAACUAGGCUGAAGGAGUGCAGGCAGCAUCUUGCCGAAGCCCUGGAUCAAGCAACCACUGAUCACUCUAAGAAGUUAGAAUACUGCUCACCCGUGGUCCCAGAACUCAGAUCUGUUCUCUACGACUCCUGUCCCUUGUAUAAUGACCACCUUGAGAACUUGUACACCUGCUGCCUCUCUCUGCAAGCCAGUAAUCACAUCUGCUCAGGCAUAAAUGAAGCAUCCGACAGCAGCUGGAUGGAUCAGGAGUACAGACCUGAACGGGUGGGAUUAACACUGUCCACAACUGAAGCUGAAGCUCGGCAGGCUCUUUCAGGACUAAUCGAGUCCUCCAGACUGCAGACGUUGAAAGAUUUUGUGGCAAAGUUGGAGUUUGAGAUUAAACUGAACCAAGUGUGUAACAGAAACACACUCAACACGAAUACACACACACCAACGGCAACCCGACGUGACAGCACGGGAAGUGGGGACAGUGGGGUGGAGUUGGGAGCUGACAGUGAGGAAGGUGAUGAUACAGAAGAUGAGGAUUCAAGAGUGGUGGAGAUGGUUUUGGAGAUGGAGCAGGACUAUGAGCUCUAUGUCCUCUAGCUACACUGGAAUAGUGUUUUACAACCUGCCUAUGGCUUAAAGAACAAGCGUUUCACCAACACUGCCUAUAGUAAUAGUGACGUUAGCCUGUAUCAGGUAUGUAAGAGCUGAUGUGAAUGGAAGAGCGCAGUUAGAACCCUCUGCUAGGAGUUGAUCCACCCAAUGCCACUGGAACAGGAUUUUUUUUCUCACUCAGCAUUAUUUCUGUUUUAGUUGUUCACUCAGUUUUAUUUAUAAUUCUUAAAUCUCAAUAAAAGCAAAAAAAAAAAAAUUGGCUUGAUUUUUUAAAUGAAUAUAAUGCAUAUUUAAUAAAGUUAAAUAAA